CUCAUGCACAGUGGAACCCGUGAGUUCACAGAACGGUUUAUCUAACGCUAUCUUAUCAGAUCAUGACCGAUCUGAUCUGAUCUGAUCUGGGCGAUGGCAUGUCUUGGCCGGUGGGCUUCGCGUUAGCCUUGCGUGCGUAGCAACAACAAGCAACUGGACGGGAACAAACCAAACUUUAUCCCACGCAGCAAUCCACAACUUGCAACUCGCAGCUCCACCCGCAAUCCAACGUCACCGAUGGAUCGCUCACGCUCCCGCUCGCGAUCCUACUCCCGCACGCGUCGCUCAGCUAGCUAUCGCUCGCCCACGCCGCGCGGAAGAUCCGUCACGCGCAGUCGCUCGCGCACACCAAACCGUGACAGGUCCAGGUCGGCCACGCCGCGCUCGAAGUCGAGGUCUGUCUCGCGGAGACGCUCCAGGAGUAGGAGCGCUAGUAGGGGAAGGAGCGUCACCCGAAGCGCCAGUCCGGGGGGAUUCCAGAGCUCGAAGAUCGUGAUCGAAAAGCUCACCAAGAACGUCACCGAAGACCACAUCAGCGAGAUCUUUGGCGCCUAUGGCGAUAUCAAGGUGGUGGAUAUGCCCAUGAACCGCCAAUUCAACCACAAUCGCGGGCUCUGCUAUCUGCUCUACAACUCGCCUGCCUCCGCCCAUGCUGCCAUUGCGCACAUGCACGAAGGCCAGCUGGACGGUGCAGUCAUCAACGUCUCGAUCGUUCUCCCGCGUCGUCCGCCGCAGGGUGCCGCGCCAUCUGGACCUAGUGGAGGACCCCCGCCACGAGGAGGAGGAGGUCGUCGUCGGGGAGGAGGAGGAGACAGUGGAGAGCCUCGCUACCGUUCACCGCCGGCGCCCCGUCGUGCUGCUCCCGGGGCUGCUGCGCUAGGCGGUAGGGCAUUCGGUACCGGUGCUUCUUUCCGAGGAACUGGAGGGGAUAGUUACCGCCCACGCUCGAGGUCUCGCUCCCGUUCAAGGUCCCCAAGCUACUCCAGAUCUUCCCGCUCCAGGAGUCCUUCGAGAUCUAGAAGUCGGUCACCUUACCGACGUCGUCCUGCCGCGGGUAGGCGUACCGGAGGAGGAGGAGGAGUAGGGGGCGGAGGAGGCGGAGGAGGAGGAGGAAACUACUCACCACCUCCUAUGAAUACCGGUAGAGCUCGAGGAGGACGCGACGGUGGUGGAAGAGGACCGGGUGGUGGUGGUGGGAGGGAUGGUGGUGGUGGUGGCUCAAGCCGGUACCGCAGGAGUCCCAGCUACAGCAGCUACAGUUCUCGCAGCGCGAGCGGAUCUAAAAGUCCUCCACCUCGGAGAAGCGGUGGUGGUGGCGGCGGUAGAAGGACUCGUUCCAGAAGCUACAGUCCUCGGGGUGACAGGGUCGCAGGAGGAGGGGGCGGCGGCCGCGGCGGCGGAAGGAGACGAUGAUUGAUAUCAUAUGCUGAUGGGUUGUGAAACCUGGCAUGGGAGUCUGCUGUUGUAUGCUCAUUGCUGUGAAUUCGUUUCCAUUUU